AUGCAUGAGUUUCUUGCAAACAUUGGAUUUAAGGUUAUGGAUCCAAUAAUAGAUGGUGAAUGGUUAGGAAGCAAAGGUGAUCAAUUAGAUGAUGUUCAAAAUGUUGGAAAUAUUACACGUAGUUGGGUUUGGAGGGAACGAGGAGUUAAUCCUCCAAAUUCUCCAAAUAACAAGACUGUACUGGAAAAUGUUGCUGAAGACAUUCUUGUACAAAAGCCUCUAAAAAUAAGAUGCUGUGAUCUACCAGGAUAUCCACGCUCCACAUUUCUUAUGGUGUUUAGUCCUGAUGGGACCAAAGUUGCAUCGACACAUGGAAAUCACAACGUGUAUGUCUCAGAGCUAGCAAGUGGGAAACAUGUAAGGAUACUAAAAGGUCAUCCUCGCACACCCUGGUGCAUAGCAUUCCAUCCAUCACACCCAGAACUUAUAGGAUCUGGUUGUCUUGGUGGCCAAGUUAGAGUUUGGGAUAUUUCAAGUGGAGGUAGUGAGGUAUGGAGUGUACAAAAGGAGACUGUGAUAGCAUCUAUAGCGUUCCAUCCACGUGAACAGCUCUUAGUAAUAGCUACAUCUAAUGAACUCUAUUUUUGGGAUUGGAGUCAUCCUGCACCAUUCACUAAAGUCUCGACUAGUAAUAUUAAUGAAAAAGUGAGAUAUGUGGCCUUUGAUUCUCUGGGAUAUAAAUUAAUAACUGGAAUAUCAUUGUGUACUUCACCUGGUGGUCACACAUCUAUUCUUCAACGUAACAGUAAUUCUAAUAUCCCUCAUGUUACCAUUAAUCAGAGAAGAGAUGAUCCAGAUCCAGAAAAUCCACCAAAUUCAGCAAAUAAUAGACCCCAGGAAUCUCCUGCUACACGAGAUGUCAUUGUAAACUCUUAUCAAAAUUUAGUGCAAAGAUAUGAUAGCCUUGUGAGAAACUAUCAGAGGUUAUUUAUGGUACGACAUAGGCUCACAACUACAACACCACCGCCCAGCACGACGGAUCGUGGUACAGACCCAAUGGAAACAGAUCCAUUGCCAGAAGGUAGUGCCCAAAAUCAUACUGUUCAAGCUUCAGGAUCAUCUAAUACUGACAAUGAUCCUGUUCCAGGAUCAUCAAAUAGACAAGACAACACAGAUGGUGACGGAUCUAGUAGUAGACUGCUCAAUCUUGAUGCACUAUCAUUUGGCAAUGACACGGGAGAACAGUCGAUGGGUAACACAAGCACUGUGCGUCCAGAAUCUUCUGUUUUUGGCUCCAGACCAUCUGCAUUCCAACCAUUAAGUGAUCAGACCCGACCUUCCCUGUGGUCAGGAGGAAACGAAUCAAUCCAACGUGCUAGACUUUUGCCUAAUCCAUUUUCUCCAACGAGACGUCCCUUCAUUACAACUGUAUUUUCAAAUGACGAUAAUUCGGGUUCUUCGCGAACGAACAUGUUUCCUGCAUACAGAACGGAAACAGUGCCACCCCCUGACGCGUUACAACAACUUACUUCUACGUUUAAUUUAGACAAUCUCUACCAUUCAGAAAAUGAAGCUUACUUAGCUUCAUUAUCUCCUAGCUAUAGACCCUGGAGUUUAGGAGACACUCCAGAGAGUUCAUCAACCACUCCUAAUACAACAACUACGAAUACGCCUUCUCCUAAUAAUUCACCCCUUGAUGCACAGACUAUAAAUGAAAGUUUAGAUCUAAUUCGCGAUAUUCUAAGAGAUUCUGGCACACGUUUAUUGAAUUUAAUUACUAACAUGUCCUUAUCGACGUUAAGUAGAGCGGAGAGAAGAAGAGAUAGCGCAUCCAGAGCACAUUCAGACGGUGAUGGGUCUAGUGACGGCACUUCACGAUCCCGUAGUACGAGAAAUCGGCCGAGAGUAUACAGUUCGGGCUUACUAAAUGCUUUGUUUCUGUCGUCGAGUUCCGAAUCUGAUAGUGAUAACCCCCCGGAGGUAAAUAUUUUUAGGACCAGAAAUUCAUCUUUCAGAGAGGAGAGCCCUCGAGAAAGUAAUCGACAAACGGAAACUGAAUCUCCUGGUAGAUCAGAGAAUCCUGCGGAUCGGUUAGUUUUCGAGUUAAACAAUGACUUACCGUUAGACGAAAGUAUUCUCGAACAAGGUGAUAGUGGCGUAUCCGUUAAUAGUAGACACUUAUUAGAUAGAUUCCGUGUUCGAACUCAAAGUACCACAAAUGAGAGUCCUGGUACGGCCAACAAUGACGAAACCAGAGAGCCUCCAAGUCAGAAUCCCCCCUUCGAUCCAAACAUGCCUUCUACUAGCAGGGAUAAUUUCUGGUCUGGUGGCAAUACAUUAUCUUCUGAAGAAGCAUUUAGAAAAGUAAGAGGAGGAGUUAACGCCUUACAAAAGCAUGCUCAACAGCUCACAAAUUUCUGGAUAAGAGGCCAGAGAAUAAGCAUGCGUGAUUUACGCAAUAUGUGGGAAAAUUUAAGAAGAAGAAUUAUGAUGCUACACAGAGAAACGGGACGGCAAGAUGUGCCCAGCUAUUACUCUAGAUCUCUUUUAGAAAGAUGUAUGAUGUUGACUGACAUGUCUGAUAAUGUGGCUCGUGGAUCAACUUCGAGUAGAACUAGGGGAACCCAAAGAGUCGAAGAUAGAAAUUCUGAGGCAAAUAGGGAAUCGCCUGCAGAAUCUGGGGCACCUGAAAACGAACAAAGUACUACAACAGAAAAUACGAAUAGACAAAGCAGAACUUCACAAACCAGGUCUUCUUCGGGAGGUCGGUAUUCACCAUUCGCUCGUCGUCGUACACAAACCAACCAAAGGAGCCGAUUUGAGGAGGAGAUUCGAAGGAGAGCCCGUAAUGCAGCUAUAAUUCGUCCAUCCCUCCAUCGGCCGUCGCAAAGAUUUAGUAGAUCUCGUAGAGAACUCGCGCGAGCGAUAGAGGUCAGUGCUACGAGACAUGAAAUAAGGAUGCGUGCCAUGCAAGUAUUGUCAGUAAUGUUCAACAUGAUGAUGAUGUGCUUAGAAGAACGUGGUUUAAGUCAACUUAUUAUAAGCAUGUUGCGGACAUUGAAAAAGGCAUUAGCUUUAACUUGUCUAAUGCUUAUGUCUAAUAGAAAUGUCGGAAGACCGAAUGGGAAUAGUAAUCAGUCACCGCAGCGCUCUGAAAGCCGUAAUGUCAACUUGUCAGAAAAUGAAGUAAAUCCCAGCCACGCUAAUACACCAGAAGCGGCGCCUUCAGCAUCAAGUGAGCCCGAAGAAGGGCGAAGUCGUGAAAACACGACGUCGUUUGGAGAAAAUUCCACAACUCCUGGAACAAGUGCUAACAACACACAAGAUGAUUCUUCAACGUCGACUCCUAGUACAGUAACUCAGAGAUGGAGCAAUCGCCUAGCAGUUCUUAUAGCAGCAGCAAAUAGAAAUACUUCUGCAACUGCGAGGCGUAGAAGAGAGCUGUAUAUGGAGGGCAGAAGGCUUAAAGCGUUACAUAGAACUAAUCCAAAUGCAAACCCACUAAUAAAAAAGAGAAUGCUUCCUCCCGUAUCAACCCAUAGAAUACCUACGUUGCGCUCUUUGCCUAGAAGGAGCAUUUUGAAAACACCUACAGCUAGACCUUCAAAUACUAAUGGCGACGCUGGUUCACCUUCUUUCAGGCUUCCAGGUGAAAACCAAAAUCAAGAACCGUCAAAUCUACCGCCCGAAGUUAUGAAUGAAUUUGAGCAUCGGAUUAAUCUUAUACGUAUCGCGCAUAUGCAGGCCGUGAGAUUGAGAAAUGCCGCUAGGACUAGAUACAGACGACUGCAAACUAUCCGAUUGUAUACUCCAUCCUCGGUGAGAGAAAUGUUUACCCUGCAUGAUGCAAAUAAUCAGAAUCAACAGACUGGUCGAUCAUCUACGUCAAGCAACUCCGAACAAAGCAAUCGUGCGUAUUUUGAAAGUAGGCCGUCUUUACUGAACAGAGAAAGCCUUAUUGCACGCCUACCUACAAUGCCGAAUACAGAUGCUUCGCAACACUAUUUGGCGGGUGGCCCACUCCUGCAAGUAAAUUACAACAAUCCUGAAGGAGGGCACGGGAAUCAGCAAAUGCGAAUGCCAAGAAUUCACGAAUAUUUGCAACCGAUCAUUUUGGCUCAGAAUGCAAUGGUCAUCGACGACGAUGGCAAUGGAGAGGGCGGUGGGCCAGGACCUGGUGGUGGGGAGGGAAUAGCCGUGAUUGGUGCUCGUCGUAUGGGCGGUAUGGCUGGUUUACUUGAUGCGGGUAUCAUAUCUGAGACGUACCCCGCACCUUCACACAGAGUCCAGGCUUGGGACUUCACGAAAGGCGCCACUCCUGAUAUAGCCGAUAGUUCCAAAAACGUUGUGGUCCAAAGAUGUAAAAUACACAACGACGCGAGUAUCGACAUUUCAAAAGACGGAAGGUUGCUGGUCGCGCUUUUGCCGAUGCCACGGCUGCGCAACACAAAUCAUUGGCUAGGUGUGUACUCGUUGGAGUGGUCCCGCUUAGGUCAAUGUUUGCAUACGGCGGUGCUAGAGCAGAAUGCGGUUUCAGUGGCAUUGUCCCCCACCGCACGUCAUCUAGCUGUGGGACUGGGUUCGCGACGUUUUACUUCGGUUCAUCACGCAAGGAGCAAUGUAUUCGCGCUGCUUUAUCGACUUGACCCACUAGAGAACUCAAGCCGCACUGGUUUAUCGCCCAUCAAAGAAUUGGAGCAGACGUGGGAGCACGGUUUCACUAGUCUCAACUGCUUACGUUGGGCUCCACAACCCGGACAGGGACUCGUCUACGCCAAUAACACGGGACAGCUCAUCAUUAUGAGUUAA